UUCAGCAAACCCCUUUGGCUUUUGCUCUGAAAUUUUUUGGCUUAAAAUUUUGUUUUUUUUUUUUUUUUGGGCAAUGAUUUCUAGCAAAAAGGUAACAAAUGCCGUCGGUGGGAAAACCGCCAGAGCCUGCGAUAACUGUGUGAAAAAGCGAGCUCGAUGGUACUGUGCUGCCGACGAUGCAUUUCUCUGCCAAGCCUGCGAUUCUUCCGUCCACUCGGCGAAUUCCUUAGCCCGUAGACACGAAAGGGUUCGCCUGAAAACCUCAUCAUCGCUGAAACCCAUCGUCGUUGAUUCCUUAGAUGGAGGAGCUCUGCUGGAAAAUUCUUCACCGCCAUGGCAACGAGGCGUCACCAGAAAAGCUCGAACACCGAGAAAUGGGAAAUCCGUGAUUAACCACCAUAAUAAAUCUUCGAAAUCCAGAGAGAAAUCGGCAAACAACCUAUUCUCUCUAGUGCCAGAAGUCGGUGGAGACGAAACAUCACAUGAAGAAAAUGAAGAAGAGCAGCUCCUUUACAGGGUUCCAAUCUUCGAUCCCUUGGUCACUGUUGCUUGUGACGUGGAAACUAAUACUGGGUCUGAUGGAAUCGAAUCCAAAGCGAAUAAUAUUUCUGUAACUCCUAAUAAUGAUAAUUGUAUUUCAUCAGGUCAUGAGGGAGAAAAUUCACAUGGAUUUCUUCCGAGUGAGAUGGAUCUGGAAGAAUUCGCAGCCGAUGUUGAAAGCUUAUUGGGAAAGGGGUUAGAGAAUGAGUGUUUUGGUAUGGAAGAGUUGGGUUUGGUGGAUUGCUGCAAAGAGAAAGAAACGACGACGUCGGAGAGUAGUGGAAAAGUACUAGUAGUGAAGGUUGAAGCAGAAGAGGAAGAACAAGAGGAUGGUAGUAAAGAAGGAGAUGAGACUGAGAUCGAUAUGAUGAGGGAACCGUUCGAGUUGAAUUUCGAAGAUUACGACUCUCCGGCUUCUAAUUGUAGCGAUGAAGAUGGAAAAGUGGAUGUGGGAAUUGAGUUGAAGAUGAAAAAUAUUAAUGGUAGUGGUGGAGAAAAUGAUGAUGAGGAUGAGAAGAAGGGGAAGAAUAAUGAUAAAAAUGAGAAGAGGAAAAUACUUUUGAAGCUUGAUUAUGAGGCUGUACUUACAGCUUGGUCUAGCAGCCAACGGUCACCAUGGACCACCGGUGAUCGGCCGGAGUUGGACACUGUUGACUGCUGGCCUGAAUACAUGGGUAUAUGUGGAGGUGAGAUUCAUCAACAUCAUCAUGCAUAUGGAGAUAUGAGUGGAAUUGGAGGAAACUCAGCAAUGGCGAACGGAGGAAGAGAAGCAAGAGUAUCAAGGUACAGAGAGAAGAGAAGAACGAGGCUGUUCUCCAAGAAAAUAAGGUACGAGGUUCGCAAAUUGAAUGCCGAGAAGAGGCCUCGAAUGAAAGGACGGUUUGUCAAGCGAGCUUCUUUUGCCUCUGGAUCAUCACCUGCCUUUCCUCGAUCUGCUAAAUAAUUAACCCUUUUUAUUUUUUGGCUUACUAAUAUAAUAUGUUUAAUUUCUAGUCAAGGCGAAAUAUGUUAUGGGCUGUUUUUUUGGGAUAUGCCCUAUCCCAGUUUUUGCUUAACUGCAGGAAACUUGGAUGUGUAAAUAGAUCCGUAAAUAAAGAAAUUGGAAUCUGAGCUCAGAAGCAAAAUAGUUAAGCUA